UGAGCGUGCAAGUCGUCAUUUUCUUUUCAAUUUUGUCAAUAUUUUAAAGUGGAGCAAAAGUAAAUCAAAGGUGUUGGUAUUAAUUUCUCGUGAUUACUUUGUUCCCGAGGAAUCAUCUAGCAAGGAAAAUAUGUCGUUGUCCAGCAUACUACCAGCUCCAACUAAUCCCAUAUGGGAUCGUGACGACGAUCGCAAACAUGGAACUUCUUCAGCCAAAGGUAUCCCGAGUAUCGGAGCCCUGGUCAGUGCCAAAGUUGCUGCCCCUCCCUAUGGCCAGCGCAAGGGUUGGAUUCCGAGAACCGAAGAAGAUUACGGAGAUGGAGGUGCUUUUCCAGAAAUUCAAGUAGCGCAGUAUCCGCUAGGAAUGGGAGCCCCCGGAAAUGCCAGCAAAAAAUCUAAUGCAUUGGCUGUCCAACUGGAUUCGUCAGGGAAAGUCAAAUAUGACGCUAUUGCAAGACAAGGUCACUCGAAGGAAAAAAUAGUGUAUUCCAAUAUAAACCAACUACUUCCGGCAGAAGUACUCGCGGAGGAUGCAGAGGAACUACAGAUGCCUGAUCAAGAAACUUUGAACGAAAUAACCGAAAAUACUAGGAAAGCACUGGAAAAGUUAACCAAUCAGAAGAUUGUGUCCGCUAUGCCAGUACGUGCUGCCGAAAAACAGGCUCCAGCGCAGUACAUCCGCUACACUCCUUCACAGCAGGGCGAUGCUUUCAAUUCGGGGGCUAAACAACGGAUUAUUCGCAUGGUAGAAGCACAAGUAGACCCAAUGGAACCGCCUAGGUUCCGAAUAAACAAAAAGAUUCCAAGAGGUCCGCCAUCUCCCCCAGCCCCUGUACUACAUUCUCCUACAAGAAAGGUAACUGUUAAGGAACAGCGAGAAUGGAAGGUUCCUCCAUGUAUCUCCAACUGGAAAAAUGCUAAGGGUUAUACAAUUCCACUUGACAAACGUUUAGCUGCUGACGGUCGCGGUUUGCAACAGGUUCAUAUUAAUGAGAAGUUUGCGAAAAUGGCUGAAGCCUUGUAUAUUGCCGAUCGAAAAGCUCGCGAAGCAGUCGAAGCUCGAGCACAACUGGAGAAAAAACUGGCUCAGAAAGAGAAGGAAAAGAAAGAAGACAUGCUGCGACAGAUGGCACAGCGGGCUCGUGAAGAACGUGCUGGUAUUCGUCAUCCAGGCGAGGCUAGUGGCUCUGGCGAUCCGACAAUAAUACCGGCUGAGCUCCGAGAACGAGAUGAGAUUCGUGCUGAACGUCAUCGUGAACGUGCUCGAGAUCGUAAUCUGGCCAGAGCUGCUCCUGACAAAAGGUCUAAACUUCAACGUGAAAGAGAGCGUGACAUUUCAGAACAGAUUGCUCUCGGAAUGCCAGCCAAAACUUCACUGGCCGGGGAGGCUCAAUUUGAUCAACGUUUGUUUAACACUACCAAGGGUAUGGACUCCGGGUACGGGGACGAUGAAGCCUAUAACGUGUACGAUAAACCGUGGCGUGACUCGGGUACUCUAGGCUCUCAUCUCUACCGUCCCAGCAAAUCGCUGGACAACGAUGCUUACGGAGCUGAUCUGGAUCAAAUUAUGAACACUAGGCGCUUUGUCCCGGACAAAGAAUUUAGCGGAACCGAUCGUACCGAACAAGCUGCCCGCCAGGGUCCGGUACAGUUUGAAAAAGAAGAGGAUCCUUUCGGUUUAGAUCAGUUCUUGAACAUGGCAAAGAAAGCGCCUAAGCGAAAGGAGGACGCUAUGGCUGGAAGUAGCAGCAAUCGUGAUAAAGAUAGAAAAAAACGUAGGGAUUAGGCACUUUGUCCUUGAACCUCCCCCUGUCAUCUCCUUUCUCUGAACAUAUAGAAUCAAUCUACAGUUCAUCUGAUUCUGUGCUACAAACUCAACUUGAAACAUAUGAACAUAAAAAUUUUCUAUAAGUAUAUAAAUUCGAAAUUCAAGUUCGGUAUCAACUAUUAAUUUUGAUAAUUUAAAUAAACUUAUGGAAUAAAUAAAUGAGUUUG